AAAAUAUCAAACAAGCCGUUAAACUUUGAAAUAAGCAAUCCAUUUGCUUCCCGCUUUAUCCACCUCAAAUCUGAAUUUCAAAUGGCGUGCAAGCUUUCUCUUUUCUAUACCCACCUCCUUCAAGCUUCAUCUUUUUUCAUUACUGCUCUCAAAUUCUCCAUUUUUUUUCAUACAAAUACUCUCCAAGAUUUCAGAUUUGAAGAAAUCGAACGAACAAUGCUUUUUACCUUUCUGGACAAAAUGGGACACAACAUGAGCAAGAAAUCCGAACCUUCAACAAUCACGACAGUUUUCAAUAACAAACAACGUUAUAUGGUUGAUCUAAACUCAUACGAGGAUGCAUGUAGAGUAGACAAUGAUCUGAUUUCCUUCGAUAACAAUCUUCAAUCACGAACGAACAGGGUUAUCACCACGCUGGCGGAUGAAGCUGAAAUUCGAUCACUUUCUUUCGAUUCAUUCAGACAGGUAACCGAAUGUCUACUGGAAAUGAAUCAAGAAGUUGUGAGAGUUAUAUUGGAAUGUAAGAAAGAUAUAUGGAAGAACCGUGAAUUGUUUGAACUUGUUGAGGAAUAUUUUGAAAACAGUCUUCAAACGUUGGAUUUCUGUACUGCAUUGGAGAGAUGUCUCAAACAUGCUAGAGACAGUCAAUUGUUAGUUUCGAUUGCACUCCAGGUGUUCGAUGAAAAGCGUGAUGAACACGAAGAUGGCGAUAUGUAUGUUGAUACUUUGAACGAAUUGAAGGCAUUCAAGGCUGCUGGCGAUCCAUUUACUGAAGAACUUGUUGAAAUCUUUCAAUCGGUUUAUCUGCAUCAAUCUGCGAUGCUUGAAAAACUGCGGUUAAAACAGAUGAAACUCGAUAAGAAGCUUAAGUAUGUUCAUUCGUGGAGGAAGGUUUCGAGCAUGAUAUUCGCGGCUACAUUCGCCGCCAUCAUGAUUGUAUCGGUUGUGGCGGCUGCUGUGGCUGCCCCUCCUGUGGCAGCCGCUUUAGCGGCUGCCUCAUCCGUUCCGUUUGGUUCUAUGGGGAAAUGGAUCAAUUCUUUGUUGAAGAACUAUGAGAAUGCAGUGAAAGGGGAGAAGGAAGUUAUCGGUUCUAUGCAAGUUGGGACUCAUAUCGCGAUUAAGGAUUUGAGUAAUAUUCGGGUUUUAAUCGAUAAGGUGGAAAUUCAGAUUGGAUCGCUAUUGGGAGCGGCUGAUUUCGCGAUUAAUGAAAAGGCAGUGAGGAUUGGAAUUGAGGAGAUAAGGAAGAAACUCGAUGAGUUCAUGAAGAACGUCGAGGAAUUGGGAUUGCAUGCGGAUAUGUGUAGUCGAGAUGUUCGAAGGGCGAGAACUGUCAUUCUUCAAAGGAUCAUAAAACCACAAAAUCAUUGAUUGAAAAGGGUUGAAGGCAUUGAAUUCUAUCAAGUUUUGAUGUUUUUCAUCCUUGUUGUAUAUGAAAUAUGUUUAUUUGCAUUAAUAAUGUACCAAAUUCAAAAGAUCAUAGCACA